CUUUUAUUACUGUACAAAACACCUCCUAAUCCAAGCACAACACCCCAUCUCCCUCCCCACUCUGCCUUCUUCUUCUGUUUUUCCUUGUUGAUUUCAAUUUCUUUAAAUCCUUUGAUUCUGUUUUCCUUCUUUGUUUUUUUAACUUUAUUCAGUACUAUAUUGUUAUAAAAAAAGAAAAAAAGACAGUAACAUUUUUAGUAUUUUUUUUCUAACAUUUUUUUUUUGUCUUGGUCUUGUUGAUGAGUGCAUGCAAGUUGGGUUUUAAUUAAUGGCAACGCAUUUGUUAGAAAACUCUGAGACUGGGAGAGAAUUCUUUAAGAAAUCAAACAAAAAAAAUUAAAAUUAAGCCUUCCUGACAAAUGGGUGUAUCUAAAUCAGAUCAAAAAACACUUCAACUUCUUCUCCUUCUUCACGUUCCGUUUCAGAGAACCCAAAAAUACUUUCCAAUCCACUAAAAAACUUAUAUUAAAGAAGAGGAAAAAAAAACACUUGUUUUUUACCCCUCUUGUUUUAUAGAGCAGCAUCAUGGGAGAAGCAAACGCGAAUAAAAAUAGAAGCAGCAGUAGUGGAAGUAGCAGAGCAAUGGAGAGUCUUUCUUUGGAAAUAAACAGGUAUCCAAGAGAUCUGGUACAAAGACUCAUUUCAAGUGAUGCACAGCAAUAUAAAACAGCAACAAGUGAAGGAGAAGAAGCAGAGGAGAUUGAGUUAAAUCUUGGGUUAUCACUUGGUGGAAGAUUUGGGGUUGAUAAGACUUCAGAGAAACUAACGAGAUCAUCGUCUAUAGCUGGUUCAAUACCAUUGUUGAGAGACCAUGAUGCUUUAAGUACACCACCUGUAUCUUAUCCUUUUCUCAUAAGGACUUCUUCUUUGCCUACUGAAACGGAGGAAGAGUGGAGGAAGAGGAAGGAAAAUCAGAGUUUAAGGAGAAUGGAAGCCAAGAGAAGGCGAAGUGAAAAGCAAAAGAAUUUGAGAGGAGAGUUGAAUUUGGAGGAAGUUAAAUUGAAUAAAGGGAACUGGGUGCCAACGUGGGCUAAUAAGCAGAGUGGUGUUGUGAAUAGGAGUAGUAAUUUGGAAGGUCAACAGCAGCAACAAGGGUCACGAGGAUCUGUGGAGUCUCUAGGAGGGAGCUCUUCUGGGUUGUCAGAAAUGGAGAGCAAGCCUGUUCAAGGUAUGGAGGUGAUGGGAUGGUCCGGGAGUUGCUAUCAGGUGGAGUUUUCUUAUACCAGGCGAUUGCUGAUCCUUCUAGUUCUUGUCGUUCGUCAUCCUUCCAGGAUCCCUCCUUUUCACUUUGCUGGAUCAAGCAGUGGUGGAGAAGCACGAAGUCCUGCGAGUAAUCAAUCCUUGCAGGAACGAAGCAGUCAAGAAGCUGUGGGUUCUUCUGGGACAAAGAAAAUUGAAAAUGCGUGCAGAGCCUCCAGAACAGAACCGGAGAAUCUAUCCAAGAAGCUUGAUUCUGCAGAAAAUAGAGGGAGGGAAAUUGGGACCAAUGCAAUGGAAGAUAUGCCUUGUGUGUUUACUAAAGGAGAUGGUCCUAAUGGGAGAAGAGUGGAUGGCAUUCUGUACAAGUAUGGUAAGGGAGAGGAAGUAAGGAUAAUGUGCGUAUGCCACGGCAGCUUUCACUCCCCCGCAGAGUUCGUGAAGCAUGCAGGUGGCAGUGAUGUUGAUCACCCUCUUAGGCAUAUAGUGGUAAACCCUUCCGGUCCGUCCUUUGAAUAAUGUAAUGCGGUGUUCAUUUCAUCCCUUAAAGAGAAGUAGGGAUGUGAAAUGGGGGGAAAAGAUGAGAGAAUUUUAGAAAAUAGCUAUAUAUUUUUAGGGUCCUUGAAACGGAAACCUAAUAUGACCAGCUAUUUUUCAUCUUCUAGAAUGUUUCAAAUGGUUUUUUGAGGUUGUAAUCUGUAUGUGAUAUUUAUUUCCUUAUUUCCCCAUCUCAUAAA